ACGCAAUUACACAUUUUACACAUACCCCUUUCCCACGCGAUUACACACUUUUACACAUACCCCUUUGCCCCGCAAUUACACAUUUCUACACAUCACAGUAAAAUCGGUAUUACUCUAAUUUAAAGGCGAAAAUAAUGAAAUUGUAAAAAGAAACGAGUUGCUGAAAACUUCCCCUUUGUUUUUAAUAAAAUUUUAUGAUCGAAUAACGUUCAGUGUACGAUAUUUUUGGAGCAGACGACAGCUGUAGCAGAUAUUUCGGAAACAAAAUGUCCGCCGUUUUUCACUGACGCUGACAUGUCUGAGCAAAACAGCUUAUACUCUGAUGAGGGCAGUGACGACAAUGAAUUAUCAAGUGGGGAUGAAUGGCUGGAGAAUUAUAAUGCUGAAGUCGAUCAUGAUUCCCCUGACAAUACACCCGUGGUAUCAGAUGAAGAGGCCAAUGACGAGGACGAUGCAGCUCCCGAAAAUGCAGAACUUGUUUGGAGAGAAACAUACGAAGAACUUGACAUAGACCCCUUUAUUCAGAUCACUGGUCCAUCACACAAUCUGAACCCUAAUGCCAGUGAGCUUGAGUAUCUCAAGCUUUUCUUCGACGAUAAUAUGCUUGAGAAAAUUGUGAGCCAAACAAAUCAAUAUGCAGCUCAAAAUGGCCCCGACCCACUCUGGAGUGAUACCACCCGGGAUGAGAUUUCGGCUUUUAUAGGGAUGCAGAUAUUAAUGGGAAUAAACCAGCUUCCUGAUUAUUCCUUUUACUGGUCCAAUAAUAAAUAUUUAGGGAAUCAGGGGUUUAAAGAAGUCAUGUCAGUAAAACGGUAUGAAAAGCUCAACCAAUAUAUCCAUUGUAAUGAUAUAGAAACUGAUGUCCCUGUAGACCAACCUGGGCACGAUAAGCUCCACAAGAUACGCCCUCUUAUUGAUUCAUCUCUCCAAAACUUCGCAGCACGAUACAACCCAAAUAAAAACCAAGCCAUUGAUGAAGCUAUGGUGGCUUAUAAAGGAAGAUCGGUAGCCAAACAGUAUAUACCAUCAAAACCCACCAAAUGGGGAUUCAAAGUGUGGAUGAGGUGCGAUAGUAAAUCUGGAUAUUGUCACAAGUUUGAUAUUUAUAUGGGAAAGGAGACGGCUGUUGAUAGUACAAAGGGUCUAGGACAUCGUGUUGUGGAGAAAUUGGCUGAAGAUCUACAUCAUAAAAACCAUCAUUUGUAUUUUGACAGUUACUUUACCUCAAUACCAUUAUUGCAAGAUCUGUUAAGCAAUGGAAUAUAUGGAUGUGGAACCAUUCGACAGAACAGAAAAGGCUUUCCACAAGAUUUAAAGAACGCCCCGAGGAUGCAAACUGGCCAGUUUGUAGGAAGACAAACAGACAAUAUGGUGGGCGUUGUUUGGAUGGACAAGAAACCAGUUAAUGUUGUGGCUUCCCAUGAGUCAUUGAUUGAGGUAACCACAUCAUCAUCAUGA